AUGCCGUUCGGCUCUCCAGGGGAAGAGAAGAUCAUACUGAAUGGCAACGGCUAUACGAGCACGGUGUUCUGCAGUUUUCCCGACCAGACUUGCGUUUACCAGCUCGACACCAGCGCUACGUUACCGCAGCUUUCUAUCAAAUUGGAAAAUCAAUUGCUAAGCGAUACCCUCGUUGAGUCUUCUUGCACUGAUGGGUAUGCGAAGCUUAGUGGCGUGACACAAGCUGGACCCCCUAAGGGUAUGAAGUUCGAGGGCGUGGCGAGAAUCGUUGGACCUGCUAAUAAGACCACGAGAUGUGCUGGACAAGUUCUUCUUGUUCUCCCACCUCCAGGACUGAGAUCAUUGACUGUAGUAGUUGGCGCGGGGACCAGUUUCGACCAAACGAAGGGUAACGCAGCCAGUAAUUUCUCGUUCCGGAGCGCCGAUUCGGCGGAUUACGUCCGAGAUGUGACAGCGACUGCUGCCUCUCUGUCCCCGAGCGUGCUCAGGAAAAGGCAUAUUAAGGACUACCAGAAGCUUUCAAAUAGCUUUGUACUGGAAUUACCAGACCCAAACGGCUCAGCUAAGAUCGAGACCGCGUCUCUUCUUGGCCGCUAUGAUUCCGGCGUAGGAGACGCUUUUGUGGAGGCUUUAUUAUUUGAUUAUUCUCGACAUCUGCUCAUUUCGUCAUCUCGAGAGAAUUCGCUCCCUGCCAAUCUCCAAGGACGUUGGAGUGAGGGCCUAUCUGCUGCCUGGUCCGGGGACUACCAUGCCAACAUCAAUCUGCAGAUGAACUACUGGGCAGCUGAGCAGACUGGGCUUGGGGAUAUUCAAGAUGGGCUUUGGCGAUAUAUGCUCGAUACAUGGGUACCUCGAGGAACCGAGACCGCGAAACUCCUAUAUGGAGCGCCGGGCUGGGUGACUCACGACGAGAUGAAUAUCUUUGGGCACACGGGAAUGAAAGAAGACGCUCAGUGGGCUAACUACCCUGCGUCCGCCGCCUGGAUGAUGCAGCACGUCACAGAUCACUUCUCCUAUUCCCAGAACGUCACCUGGCUGCAAUUGACAGGCUACCCGCUCCUCAAAGGUGUCGCGCAGUUCUGGCUAUCGCAACUCCAAGAGGAUCGGUACUGGAACGACGGAACGAUCGUCGUAAACCCAUGUAACAGUCCAGAGCAUGGUCCAACAACCUUCGGCUGCACCCAUUACCAACAGCUCCUCCAUCAACUCUUCGCCAGCAUGGUAGUCCUGGGCCCACUUGCUAAAGAACCCGAUUCCGCAUUCAUCAGCAAUAUCAGCACCGCGCUCACACGCCUCGAUAAAGGCUUCCACAAAACGUCCUGGGGUGGCGUGAAAGAGUGGAAGCUGCCAGACCCGGAAGAUUCUGAAGUCUACGACUUCCAAAAUGACACACACCGUCACCUCUCUCACCUCUGGGGCUGGUACCCUGGCAUCACACUCGCCUCACCCUCCGGCUCGUUCCUGGGCGGCUACACCAAUGCUACCAUCCAAGACGCGAUAGCCACUUCUCUCUACUCUCGCGGCACCGGGAACGGUCCCGAUGCUAACGCCGGCUGGGCCAAAGUGUGGCGGUCCGCAUGCAAGUAUUGCCCGGGCUGGGCGCGCCUAAACAACACUGAGCGCGCAUACUUCGAGCUCAAAUACGCGGUCGAGCAGAAUUUCGCGGGCAAUGCGCUGAGCAUGUAUUCCGGUCACAACCCGCCGUUCCAGAUUGACGCGAAUUUUGGGUUUGCGGGCGCGGUGUUGAGUAUGCUUGUUGUGGAUAUUGAGGAGCAUGGGAUUGGCGGGGAGGGAGAGGACGGUGGUGCUGGGGCCGGCGAUUCCAAAGGGGUGGGGUGGUGGGAGGGUGAGGGGCUGCGGUUGAGAGGCGGAGGGAGCGUGGAUUUUGGGUGGAAUGAGGAGGGGUGGCGGAUGUGGUCAAGGAGAAGGUGGAAGGCGUGA